AUGAUGAUCAGAAAUUUGUGGUGGUGAGGUCAUUCACCCCUUGGUCAGCUUUCUUGAUUCUCUGGAGAUGGAAGUUCAAGAGGAGGCUGCAAGAGUGCUCUCAGUGGUUGCAGGGUUUGAUUCAUGCAGGGGUAGGGUGAUCACGUAAUCUGCUGCCACUUAUCGAUGAGACAUUUAAGUUCUUGGCCACGUUUGCAGAAUGCUUCACUAAGUGUUUCUAUUAGCCCUCAUGAUUACUUUAACUGAAGGAAAUCAUGGAUGAGAAGGCUAACAGUUGACAAAAUGGUUCUGGGGCUGAUAAUUGCAAAUGUUGCUGUUUUUAUGCAGGGAUGAUAAUUGCAAAUGUUGCUGUUGUUAUGCUAUGGCAGAUUGCUGAUCGUAGUUUUAUGAUGAAAAACUUUACAGUAAAAUACUCUGUCCUAGAACUAAAGGUCUCCAAUAAAACCAGACCUAACGGUGCUGGUCUAAUUAUAAAUUUUCAUUUCUCAAUUCAAGUGAUUCUAUGAUUCUCCCGUGCAGAUUUCCUUCGACAACUUAAAGAGCGGUUGUCUGCACACACUGAUAACUUCUUUCAGCCAUAUGACCAUGGAGCAUACAAUCUACAACAUGAGUGGACUUUACUUUUUGGGGUACAAUGUAUGACCUAACACCUUUUCAUCUUCUUAUUUCCUUUGAGAUAAGAUGCGUUUUUUCCUUAAAUGUUUUAGUUUUCCUGACCAUUUAAUGCUUCUGUGUAUUUAAAUUUGGAGAACUGACUGUAACUUUUAUGCAUUUCUCAUGGAAGGAUGGCCAGUUUUCAGGUGGGGGAGAGAGUGAGAGAGAGAUUUCUUUCUCUUUUGUUUAUGUUUAUGAUGGGGACCUUUUUCUGAAAUAUGUUAGUUAGAAUCGUACCAUUUGUGGUCUUGUGCCUCGGCAUAAGUAGACAGCUUUACUUUGUUGGUUUGAUUUUUCUAUUUGAUGGAUAAUAUCCGGUGUUCUACUUUUUUCUAAUUAAUUAUGUACCUUUCAAUCGGUUGUACGGUUAGAUUGUGAGAAAAUUCGGACCAGAAUUCUUGUUAAAGUUUUAUCUGGCUGGGCACUUGGUGGUUCGAUAUUUUAUUUGGUGCACCAUGCUUUCAUGCGUUCGCAAUUGAAGAUUCCAGGGAAAGGAAUGUUCAGCAUAGACCCUUUGAGUAUGCCAGGAUUGGGAGACAGUGAGAUGUCGGGAUCAGCUCACUUGGGAGGAGCUGCAGUUGCAGCUAUCACAUGGGCCCGACUCAGGAAAGGGGCGCUCUUAAAUCUUCCGCUGCUCAUGUUGAUUUUGGCACGGAUAAGUGAUUUUGUUUUUCCUGUUCUGCUUCUUCAUUUUCAUGAAGUGGGUGUCAAGGUGAUUGCCGCCAAGGUGUUGCUGAAAACUUACAUAGCAGCUGGUGGAACGGCUCUGCAGAUUGUAAAACGCUGGAAAGAGAUGACAUAACACUGGAGGACAAGCUUUAUAACUGGUGCGAAAAGGUUCGUGCACCAUGACAACUGCGCGUGGAGCAUCACCGUGGGGCACGUACACAAUUAGACAAUCUUUGCACAAUUUGAAGUUCAGAAGAGCUGUUAGUCGUCGCUGGUAUGUGUUUGCUGCAUGCUGCAUGCCUGGCCCGAAAAACUUGUUGAGAUCUUCUCUUGAUUCUGCACUAGGAAAUAUCGGCCUAAUAGUCAUUGUUGCCCUUUGAUGUGAAAGUAUCUAUCAAAACGGCCAAAAAUACAGGUUGUUGAGGAUAUGUAAA